UGAGACGCACACACGGACUGAGUCUUAAGAGGGACCACAUUAUCAUUUUUGGAGUAAACACGUUUUCAUUUUUCGGGAGUUGUUGUUCUUGUUGUUGCUGUUGUUCUUGUUGUUUUAAUCACAGGAUUCGCGUCAAUGCGAGCCACGCGCGCAUUCCUCAGCAGGAUUUGCGCAUCUCCAAAUUGAUUUCUGCUCUCUGCGAGAGCGUUGUUUGAAUUUUUCCUGCCCGGUAGAAAGCUCGCAUAGUCAUGCUCGAGAGGCGACUGGCGACGCGUUUCAUCUGAAAUCCUCGUCUUUCAAAAGAAAUAAUAAUAAAUAAUUUUUUAAAAACAUGGAACAACAGCAUCUUACCAAACCGGAAUGCAAAAACAUGGAUGCGUGUCUGAGGCGACUGAAGCAAGAACUGCUGUGCAUGAAAGAAGCUGGAGAUGGCCUCCACGCUCAGAUGAAUUCAAUGAUGGGAGCUCUUCAGGAACUCAAGCUCCUUCAGGUCCAGACAGCACUAGAAAACCUUGACAUUUCGGGGCGACCUAUUAACCGAGGACUCCCAAAUCCAGCUCCGCCAGCUCCUCCUGAAUCUACAGCAGCUUCCUCCUCAGGCAAGGAUUGCAGAUUCAGUCAAACAAUGUCUGAGGAGCCCAACCAAAUUCAAAGUCCAAGGGUGUCACUAGAGAGCAGAAACACCUUCAGCCGAGAUGACAGGAGCCGAAACAGAAGCAGCCUGGGAACGUCGUCUUCAUCUGCAUCCAGCCUUGAGAGCGAGAGUGAGGGAAGUGAAAGAAGCGCACGAAGUGUGAGAAGCGAGAAUGAUCUUGAGUCUAUACCAAAGAGGUGGUCAGGAUACUCCGCCCCACAGGUGGAUUUCUACGGACCAAUGGUGGGAAACCCUCCACCGGAGUCCUACCCUCAGCGACAGGCUCCCCGUCGUACUCAGGUGGUGGACCUGCCUGGGAUCCUGUAUAGUCUCUCCAGAGAGGGCCCUUCACUGGACAGCGACUACUCGCAGGACAGCACUGACGAUGCCAGUGACUGGACUUCUUCGCUGAUGAGCCGCAGCCGCAACCGCCAGCCCUUAGUGCUGGGCGACAACGUUUUUGCUGACCUCGUGGGCAACUGGCUAGACCUGCCUGAGGUGGAGAGGGAUGAAGGGGAAGAGGAGGAGAGGAGAAAGAGCAGAGAGGAGAGGUUAGCAGACGGAGGGGCGGACAGACCGGACACCCCCGCUCACCCUCUCCGCCUCAGCCGCUCACAGGAGAUCUGCAGGAAAUUCUCGUUAACCACAAACAUCUUCAAGAAGUUCCUGCGCAGCGUGCGGCCGGACAGGGACAAGCUGCUGAAGGAGCGGCCUGGCUGGAUGGCUCCUGAGCUGCCAGAGGGCGACCUCUUCAAAAGGCCAAAGAAAGCGGCUCCUAAAAUUUCAAAAGGCAGUUUCUACCUGCCAUUCUGGGCAAAUGGACAGCAGGGCAAAGGCAGGCCGUGUCCUCAUCAAGCUGAGGCAGAGAGGAACCACCAACACCAUCAACACCACUUCCCCCAGCUCCACCAGCAGCCAUUUGCUGGGAUUUAUUUAGACAGGAGACAGCCAGAGACUGGUCUGGAGAAAAUGCAGCCCUUGUUUGACUACAACACAGCUGUGUGGGUCUGACAGCAAGUCCAACAGACUGCCAGUGAUGCCAAACUGAGUGAGUGACAGGUGCUGGGGGGAUUUGAGGCUGUGCUGGAGGGGGAAUGAAUGAAUGACUGAAUGUGGAUACAGUUAUCUUCCAAAAAUGAACCGAUGAACUUCACACCCACAACGAGAUUAUCAGGGCAACAGUUUGUCAGACAAUCCUAAAAACCUAAACCUCGUUUGCUGUGUGUGUCUGGCUGUGUGAAAGAGAGAUUUUUUGAGGACUUAUGCUGCAAGUUUUGUAUUAUUCUAGCAUCUUCUUGUGUGUGCCUGCAUGUAUGACUGAGUCUCUGGAUGUCUUAAAAGACGGUACAUAAAAACGGACAUCUUUCUCAGAAUGUCACCACCAUUACAGAUCUUCAGAAAAUGCAACGCUACAUGACUCUCACUUCUCUGCAUCUAUGAAUGGAAACGCCAACAGUUGGAUUGCAUGUUUUUUUUAAGCGAUGCUACAAACAGCUGUUACUGAACGCACUGCCACUAAACACAGUCAUAAGCUCACUUAUGUUUCCAACAGGCCUCAACCGAGCGCCUCGGAAACUCAGGUUAAAUUGAACACGUCCGUCUCAUUCACCUUGCUCAGGGAAUGAAUAGCCCUUUUUUUCACAAAGACUGUGCUUCUUGAUUUCUCCCUGCACAGUACCAAACAACUGCAGCAUCAUGCCGCUCCAGUGUGUGACUUUAGAUAGCAUGCCAGCAUCGCAAAAGCAAAAGAGGCGUGAUAGGCAUUUAACACAACAACGUCUGCCUCUCAUGUCACAUAAAACAGACGUAUCACUACACUUUAUAUACAAUAAAGACGGCAUAACACAGCAAUACCAAUUAUUUACCAUCCCUGUUACAUGGCGGCUGAUCUCCUCUUCUGUUCAGAGGGUAAGGAGCUAUUGUUUUCAUAAUUUUUGGACAGUAACGGCUGCUGUUCUUUGAGUCAGCCACUAACUGCAUGCAGCUGCUUUGCAGUGGGUCACAUAGAUAACACACAGUCAAAAAGCCACACCCAUCCCGCCCAUGAUCCCAUCCUGCCAGCUGUACAUUUUACAUAGACACUGUUUCAGCGCUGUUACUACCUCCAUUGCUAUCUCAAAGGCAAGAUAACUCUGCCCCCCCAUUCCACAAUUGAACCUUUUAUGCAGAACAGCAAAGCGACUUUAUGGUGCGACAUUCCCGCCUUGAAUAGGCAGUGUAAAAGUUGCUGAUGUUACACAGGAGUAAACUAUGAGACACUGCCGCAUUUAAAUGGGUUUCAAACACAUUUUAGAGACAUCUUGCCUAAUCUCAUCUAGAAAAAGAUGUAACAGCAAUACAGUGCAAAACUAGUUCAAAAACUGCACAUUAAACUUUGUCCCAGCGAUCUUGUGCUUGUUAGUAAUGCUUCUCUGCCGUGUAGACAUGGCACAUGUUGAGUCAACUGUCAGUCCGCAGAGAGAGGAGUGGGUAAAGAUGGCAACCGCGAGUGCCGACUGACUGACUGCCAUCUGGUACCCGGUCGUUAUGUAAAGCUUGUUCGCCACAGCCUCGAAGAACAUGCAAAACAGGCUUGUUUAAUCCCAAAGCUUUGAGGAUGAGUUAUGAUGAUGGUGUUACCUACUGUAUAUAUGCAGGUAAAUGCGUGACAUAGCUGUGACAGUUAAGAGAGUGGAGGUAAAGACCCGCAAUCUGUCAGACAGGAUCAAUGUACAGAGCAUUGUACAUACUUGCCAUAAACCAAACAGCAGCAAUAACAAACAUUUACUGUAAUAUCCCAUCGCAUGGUUUUCAUUAUUCUGCACAAAUAAAUAUGUCACAGUAACAAUACAAACACACGUGUAUUUAAACCACAAACUGAUCUUACAGUAUCUAUUCUCUUGUAUCAUAAUAAACUGUUUUAGUGUUUUUCAUUUCAAGCAGCAUCAUAAAAAACUAGCUGCAGCUUCCUUCACAAAUUCACACAAAUAUCAGGAUUCCCUCAGGAUUAUAGACGACACUGCCCACUCUGACGCAAUAUUUUUUAGAGGACCACUGUUAUGCAAGGACAAUCUCAUGCUCUAACUUAUUAUUAGUAUUAUUAUUAUUAUUAUUAUUGUGAAAAAAAUAACAGUUUCACUCAGUUUUUAAAUGGGAUCCCAGACCAAUCAACUUAGCCAGCAGGGAUUAGGCCUGAGGUCUUUUGAGUGUCUUGGCCAGUCAAUCCAUAUGGUGUUGUCUCAGUAUUCAGGUCAAUACAUACAGUACAUUCAGAGGGUCCAACACACACACACACAGCUUCUGCUGAGGAGGUCGUGCUGCAAGGCACAGUCUGAGAUGUCAUAUCAUACAGUAUGUGUAUGUGUAUGUAAAUGUAACAUUUAUU